AUGUCGCUGAGCACGUCUCCCGUGCUCGCGGCGGCGGCGUCCAACGAUUUGUCACAGAUUCGAUGGCUUAUUGAACGUGAGAACGUACCGGUUGAUUUUGUGGGAGAUUGGUACGCCGAGCCCAGAAGUGGUGGGAAAGGCUUGGAGCGGCAGCGUCGCACGCCAUGCAUGGUCGCGGCGUCGCACGGGGCCCUGGAGGUGCUCUUGUACGUUCUACAAAUGGGCGCAGAUCCGAAUAAGCGAAGCGAGGACGACGAGCGAUGUACGGCGAUGCACUGUGCCGCGGCGGGUGGCGCCGCUCUCAGUACAGAGGCGAUCAGGACAUUACUUAUGUUUGGAGCGGAUAGGAACGCUAGGGACAUGUACGGACGCGUGCCCGCAGAUUGCCUUCCGAGUACGACCAGUGACCCGAUGUACGGUUCGUCAGAUGCGGGCGGUUCUAGCUCGGGGGGUAGCGCGAGCACCGGAGGAAAUAGAGGCCACGGUCCUUCUUCUCAGGCUGUGAACUCUCAGGCGGCGUUGCAAGAUCCAGACGAAGAGACGCUAAUGAGCGAUGAGUUCCGAAUGUACGAGUUUAAGAUUCGAAGGUGCUCGCGGACAAGAGCGCACGAUUGGACGGAGUGUCCGUACACGCAUCCGGGCGAGAAGGCGCGUAGAAGAGACCCAAGGAGGUUCAACUACUGCGGAACGGCGUGUCCAGAAUUCCGCAAGGGGUCGUGUCCGCAGGGUGAUGUGUGCGAAUACGCUCAUGGAGUCUUCGAAUGCUGGCUGCAUCCAUCGCGAUAUCGCACGCAAUUGUGCAAGGAUGGCCCUGCGUGCGAUCGUCGUGCCUGCUUUUUCGCACACCACACGUCGCAGCUGCGCGUGCCGACGGACGCCCAUGGAAAUCCAAUUGGCAACGUGUCGCCGAACACGCCGUCGCCAACGGGAAGCGGUUCACCGCAGAGCUCGCCUCGACAAUCGAGUGCAUCUGUUGAUUGGGGACAGCGAAGUAGUGAGAGCGACAGCAUACCGAAUAGCAUGGCUGCAGCUAUUCUGAAGGGAAACAUGAUGGCCAAUGCGUCGGCUCAGUUUGGCAAUGGGUUGCAGUUCCCUCAGAUGUCGCGUGCGAUGGAUCAGAUGCUGGGCCAGCCUCAGUACAGUCAGUCCUCAUCGCAGCAGUUCCUGUCGAUCCAACGUGAUCAGCAGCCGAUGCGACAGCAGCAGGAAUUCGCUCAACAUAACGUGCAAGCGCAGCAGCAGCAGUUCCUGGUGAACUACGCGUCGCUGAUGAAUGGAAUGGAUUUCCAAGGCUCUGCGCAGAGCACUUUUCCGUUGGGCUUUGGCAACAUGAUCCAAGGGUCGAGCGGUACAAUGGGUCAUGGAGAAAACACCUACCAGUCUCAACAACGACAUAUGCUGUCGCAAAAGUCUGCGGUCACGACAAACAGUCAUGCUUCUGUCCAGUCAGGCACGCGCAUGGAGAGUGCGGCAAGCUACGCAGACAAGUAUGGGUUGAACGCCGGGGCCAAGGUGUUCACCCUUCCCGGGGGCGAUCAAUUUUCGCACAUUCGCCGCAACUCCGACUCCUUCCAGCACCUCGGCAUGAUCGAAGGCGUGCUCGAUGGAGAGGAAGUCGCAGGCGCAAGGGAAUAUCAAUAA